AGGAUGGACGCGCAUGCACCGAAGCAGGGAGGCAUGCACGCUUCGUCGCACAAGCCAGCGCCUCCCUCUCCGAGGAGAAUGACUCUGAUGGAGAGGAGGAAGCGAAAAAUCAUAUCACCCAUCAAGAUGGACUGCGUUCAGCCCUUCUGCCGAAGAAACAACGACCAAGCUUGCGUCCUGACGGCGCCGGCCACCCAUCUGAGGUUGAGCACCGUCAACGCAGGGGAGUUCUAUCAGCUGCACAAGUGUCUAGAUGCCAGGACGCAGGAAAUUUUCUUCUAUCCUACAUACGUGGGCCCAGAGGACGAGAAAGAGAGCCAUGUCGUGAAGUGGCCUGAGAUCGUACACCUUCCUCCGACGGCCCAGGCUGCUCCUGCAGCAUCUAGCGAGAACAACUCGUGCAAGACACCGGGGAGAUCGGCUUCCUCGGACCUCUCAGGAUUUUCAGAAGCCGAGACUUACCAGGCAGCCUGCGCCUCCUCGUCCGACUCGUGCGGGGCAGAUGCCAAGACUGACCCAUGCGACGGAACGCUCAUGUACCGUAGGAAGAGGAAAGCGAUCGCUCCUCUCGACAUGACCUGCGUCUCCGACUUCAAGAGGAGGAGCCGCAAGCACCUCUGCAUCCUCUCAGCUCCUGCCACUCACCUCAGGGUCGGCAAGUUCCAGGCUGGGAGCUUCCAUGUCAUGCACAGGUGCAUCGACCUCCAUACGAAAGAAUUUUUCCUGUCGCCCGAGUAUGUCGGCCCCCCCGGUAAAGAGCAGCUGCACAAGGUGAGCUGGCCGGAGGCCGUCGAAUGCAACGAGCAGGAGCAGGAGCAGGAGCAGGAGCAGGAGGGAGUGCAGCAGCCGGAAAGUGCCAGCGGCUUCAUCACUGGAAGCAGCUGUGACCCCCUUGAGCGCCUGGAGGUGAAGGAUGUGGACGAGCUCGAGUCAGAAGGGGGAAGCGGCAGCGCGGCGCUCUGUAUCCCCUCGCAUACUCCUCAGCGGAAGCAGGUAGCCUCUAGAACUUCUCCAGGAACUCCAUGCGAUGUUGCGACGGCAACAGCUUGCUUUGUGAGCCGAGCUGUUCCACCCGAGUGA